AACGUUAUAAUCCCUCUCAAAACAACUACAAAGAUGCUAAUUGUAUCUCCGUAUAAAUACUGGUUGACUCAUGGUGCCUCUUCCUUAGUAGCACAAGCUCAACACGCCUUAGAGGCAGCAGUGACAAGGACGCUUAGCUUUACCGAGAAAGGGAGAAGGGAGAUGGGGCCUGUAUAAUUAAGACUUUGUUAAUAUUCUUACCCCUCACUGUCGUGGAUGGAUAUGCGCUCAGGCAACAUUUCUUCCAAUCUUUAGUCUGUCAAAAGGUGAGAUCUCAAGCAAGUUUUGUUUUGAAUAGGUGAUUUUUAGCCAAAGUGAAGGUGGACUGAACUGAACUGAACAUGUUCCCACUGCCCAUGUUCACACCGGAGCAGGUGGCUCGCGUGUGUGAGAACCUGGAGGAGACGGGGGACAUUGAGCGUCUGGGCCGCUUUCUCUGGUCGCUACCGGCCGCUGUACCGGGUUCGGCCAGCGAGGCUCUCAACCGACACGAGUCGGUAAUGCGCGCCAGGGCCCUCGUGGCGUUCCACACGGGGAACUUUGAGGCGCUCUACCAAAUCCUGCAGAGCCAUCGCUUUACGCGCGAGUCGCACGCCAAGCUCCAGGACCUGUGGCUGGACGCGCACUACCGCGAGGCGGAGCGUCUGCGGGGGAGGCCGCUGGGACCCGUGGAGAAGUACCGCAUCCGCAAGAAGUUUCCCCUGCCGCGCACCAUCUGGGAUGGAGAGCAGAAAACACACUGUUUCAAGGAGAGAACCAGGAGUCUGCUCCGGGAGUGGUACCUGCAGGACCCGUACCCCAACCCAUCCCGGAAGCGCCACCUGGCCCAGGCCACGGGCCUCACGCCCACUCAGGUGGGCAACUGGUUCAAGAACCGCCGGCAGAGGGACCGUGCCGCCUCCGCCAAGAACAGACUCCAGCAGGACCCGAGCCUCCACCCCUCGGGCAGUUCUCCGGAAUGUUCCUCCCAGGACCGCCGCCUCUCCUCCUCGCCACACGGGGGCGCCAGCAGCCCCCUGGCCAGCGACUGCAGCUCGGGCACCGGCCCCCGGGGCACCAGGGCCUCCACCCCCGACAUCUCCGUCAGCAGCGACAGCGAGUUUGAGUCCUGAGACGCCCCCCCACCACACCACACCCCUCCCGCCACCCUCCCCUCUUUUCUGUAACCCUCCCAGAAUCAGACUUUGAGACUCUCUGGGCCAGGUGUGGGGACCCUGUCCGAGGGUCUCAGAAAGAUCCAAAGAGGAGAGGAACCAGAACCCUCAAAGAGACUGGGACUGUGUGGGCAGAACACUCGUGAUGAACUCUCAAGGGGUGUUCCUGUUGGACUGACCUCCGACCUUUGACCUCCACAGGCACUGACACUGGGGGAAGCUGAAUAUGAUUCAGGCUGUGACACACAGAGAACCACAGAUCAAAAGAACCUAAAACACAAGAACUAAUGCACUUAUGUAAGCUGUCAGGAUAGACGUGAGAACUCGUGAAGGAAAUCCAAACCCACUGAUAUCACUCCACGCGGAGGAGCUCCUAAAUCUCUCAGUCACAAUCUCAAGCUGACAUUUUGAUUUUUGAAAGCAGUACCCCACAGUUUCAAAAUGAGCCGAUCACAAAAACACGUUUUGUUGUUGUGACGUGUCCACGAAUGUCGUUGUGUGUUGUGCAGAUGGUUCCUACUCUCUUUUCUUUUUGUGAAAGGGAAAGUGUAACUUCUCUGACUUCUCUACUGUUAGUGGUGAUGUACACUGAGUGGGUUCAGAAGUGCUUUCUCAUACUCACACACACAUACUUACUGUAGGUAGACAUGUUACGCUGCUGUUUCCUGAUUACAGAGUACCCAGAUUUAGAGUGGAUUGACCUUUGCCCUUGACACCUGUGCAGUUGCCGAGUGUGUGGAAUAUUCUCUCCGUCUUAUGGCCUGUCUCUCUCUACCCCUGUCUCUCUCUACCCCUGUCUUCUUUUUCAUCUCAUUCGCUUUCUCAUCCAGCAUCUGUGUCUCUGUGUCUGAGUUUAUGUGUCCAUUUUCAGUUAUUCUACAUAGAGUAUUGCAAAACAGUUGAGACAAACAGAGAAACACACAAAGACAGGGUAAGAUAGAUAGAUAGAUAGGUAGAUAGAGAGAUAGAGAGAGAUGGAUAGAGAGAGAAAGAGAGAGAGAGAAGUACAAAUUGUAAUAGCAGAGAGGUACUGAUAUGGUCACACAACUUGGUCUUAAUUCCAUUCAUGUGCCUAAACUUUGUGGACAGGCUAAACUCACUUUCCUGCCUGCCUGACAAAAUAAAACGACACAAUGAUCAAACUUCCUCGAUAUGCCCAUAUUCACUCAUUUUUACAUAGGAGUUGUCUGAUGUCUGAUGAGUACAUGUGAAAUAAAUACUGUGAACACUU